CAGCGUUUCAGAUGUAACGGCAUUCCACGGCCUAUAAAGAGUUUGUUUGGUGAGCAAUUUUGCUUCCUUAUUCGACGCUUUUCUUUUUCCCGAGAAAACAAAACCAAAUAAGGUGCCCCUGAUUUUCCCGGGAAAAUUGUUUCUUCCAUCGAACCGUGAUAUUUUUACAUUUCUUUAUUAUAUUUAUUGACAAUGGGGGAUUAUGGAAUUAGUGACGAUGAUCAUUGUUAUUCGUACGGUGAUAACGAUGACGAUUAUGACGAUUAUGAUAGUAGAGAUGAAUUACAAGCGGCUGAGACUGAGUGGUGUGUGCGCCAAUCUACUGCUUCAUCGAGUAAGGUAAUUACAAAAGAAUCACUCUUGGCUGCGCAGAGGGAGGACUUGCUGAGAGUAAUGGACUUGCUAUCACUGAAGGAACACCAUGCUCGAACCUUACUUAUCUAUUACCGUUGGGAUGUUGAAAAGGUGCUUUCAGUACUUGUAGAGUAUGGGAAAGAGAGAUUAUUUGCUAAAGCAGGUAUAACAAUUCUGGAGCAUGAUGGCCUUUCCUCAUCUGAAUUACCAUCUAAAGUUUCCUGCAAUAUUUGCUUUGAUGAUGUGUCUGCUGAGGAAGUUACUACUAUGGACUGUGGUCACUCCUUUUGCAACUCUUGUUGGACUGAGCAUUUUAUUGUGCUGAUAAAUGAUGGCCAGAGUAGACGCAUUAGGUGCAUGGCACACAAGUGCAAUGCUAUCUGUGAUGAAGCAAAAGUAAGACAUUUAGUUAGUGCGAGGGAUUCUGAUCUUGCAGAGAAAUUUGACCGUUUCCUGUUAGAAUCAUAUAUUGAGGAUAAUAGAAGAGUUAAAUGGUGCCCUAGUGUCCCACACUGUGGAAAUGCAAUAAGAAUUGAGGUGGAUGAACUUUGUGAGGUGGAAUGUGCAUGUGGGCUACAAUUUUGUUUUAGUUGCUCAUCUGAAGCACACUCACCAUGUUCAUGUCAAAUUUGGGCACUCUGGUCCAAGAAAUGCCUGGAUGAAUCUGAGUCUGUUAAUUGGAUCACAGUUCACACUAAACCUUGCCCGAAAUGUCAAAAGCCAGUUGAAAAGAAUGGAGGUUGCAACCUGGUAUCCUGUGUUUGUGGGCAAGCAUUUUGUUGGCUUUGUGGUGGUGCCACUGGUCAGGAACACACUUGGACAGAAAUUGCUGGUCACAGUUGUGGGCGAUACAAAGAACUUGAACAGGAAGCUGAGUGUGCGAAGCGGAGCCUUGAGCGCUACACUCACUACCACAACCGUUACAAAGCUCAUAUAGAUUCUCUUAAACUUGAAUCGAAGAUGAAGGAAACUAUACAGGAUAAAAUAAACAUACUGGAGGAAACUGAAAUAUCAUCUAAAGACUUCAGUUGGAUAAUAAGUGGACUCGAUAGGCUCUUCAGAUCAAGGCGCAUCCUUUCGUAUUCAUACCCUUUUGCUUAUUACAUGUUUGGUGAUGAUUUAUUCAAAGACGAAAUGACAAAGGAGGAAAGGGAACUAAAACAAAAUUUGUUUGAGGACCAGCAGCAGCAGUUUGAGGCACAUGUUGAGAAGCUUUCCUCAAUUUUGGAAGAGAAAUUUCAUUUAUACACUGAGGAUGAAGUUAAGGAUUUGAGACUAAGGAUAAUUGCUCUGUCUGUGACUACUGAUAAUCUCUGCCGAAAUCUGCAUGAAUGGAUUGAGACUGAUCUUCUGGGUUCACUCAAGUAUACAGUCCAUGAAAUAGCUCCUUAUAAGUCAAAGGGUGUCGAGAAAGCUUCAGAACUUCCCAACUGUUUGGACACUUGAUCUGUUUUUGGGAUAUUAAACAUGAGAUGUGGGGAAGAAUACUAGUAUCGAUGGUAGAUUGAUGAAGCCUGUGCUCCAGUAUAAAUUUUUUGGCGAGAAAGCAACCGGGAAGGCAUAUUUGAUCUUGAUCUAUUGCUCAAUAUGGUUUUUCCACGGGUUGAGGUUACAGCUUCCCAAAGAUUCGUCCAUCACUUAGCCUAUCAAUUUAAAA